AUGUCGGUGCAGGAGUAUCUGGAGAAGCACCUGCUCUCACGCAGGAUCGAGGAGGCCGUGAACGCGGCGGUCCGCGCCAAGGCCCCCGACCCGGUGCUCUUCAUCGCGGGCCACAUGCGGCGGGCGGCCGUGAUCACGAGGGUGCGGGCGCGCCAGAUCCUUGACGGGCACGGCGCGCCGGCCGUUGAGGUCGAGUUGCACACCAACAAGGCCGUGCACCGAGCAUCCGCGGCCGGCGCGGGCGCGCUCGAGGGCGCCGCCGCCGACGCGGCCGGGGGCUCCGAGAGGUGGAAGAUCCUCGCCAGGGUGGUCGCCGACGCGGUGCGGGUGAUCAACGACAAGGUGUCGGAGGCGCUCGUUGGGAUGGAUCCGCAGCAGCAGGCGCAGAUCGACCAGGCCAUCAUGGACUUGGACAAGGCGCGCCACAAGGCUGAGCUUGGAGCAAAUGCUAUGCUGGCAGUGUCAAUUGCAGCUUGCAAAGCUGGUGCUGCUGAAAAAGAGGUUCCACUCUACAAGCAUAUAGCAGAUCUUGUUGGCAAAAGCGCUACAACUCUUCCUGUCCCUGCAAUUACAGUCAUUAAUGGUGGAAAGCAUGCUGGAAAUGCUCUUCCCAUUCAAGAAAUUAUGAUCCUUCCUGUUGGUGCUAAGAAUUUUGAAGAAGCAAUGCAGAUGGGUUCCGAGACCUAUCACCAUCUCAAGGAUAUUAUCUUGGAGAAAUGUGGCUCAGACAGCUGCAACAUUGGAGAUCACGGAAAAAAAUAUGAUCUGGAGUUUAAGUCAACAAAGAAAUCAGGGCAGAACUUCAAAACUGCUGAUGAUAUGAUUGUGAUCUAUAGCCAGCUUUGUUCAGAGUACCCACUUGUCUCCAUUGAGCAGCCCUUUGAUAAAGAUGAUUGGGAGCACUCAAAAAAAUUGACCACUCUAGAGCUGUGCCAGGUUGCAGGGGAUGACUUGUUGAUGUCUGACCCCGAAUGCAUUAAGCGGGCAGUUAGUGAGUACACUUGCAAUGCUCUUGUUCUCAAGGCAAAUCAAGUGGGCACUGUCACUGAGGCCAUAGAGGUUGUGAAGCAGGCAAAGGAUGCUCAUUGGGGUGUGGUGGUGUCACAUAGGUCUGGAGAUACUGAGGAUUCUUUCAUUGCUGACCUGGCUGUUGGUGCUGCAGCCGGACAGAUCAAAACCGGUGCCCCCUGCCGUGGAGAGUGUCUAACUAAAUACAAUCAGCUGCUUAGAAUAGAGGAAGAACUUGGAAGUGAAGGCGUUUAUGCAGGGGAGAAUUGGAGAACUGUGGAAAUAUCUGGUGCACAAGAUAACAGGAGUAUAUAUGGAUGA